CCGAGAAGUUUCGUUUUGAAAUCAAACGUCACGGCUCCCCUUUCGACCUUGGUUUUUUUUGUUUUUGUUUUUUUGGAUAAGAUAGCUCAGCUCUUUCCGGUCCACGUACAAAAAAGUUCAAGCUACACUACUCCCACAGCUGCAAAUACAACGCGGCAGCGCAUCUUUUGGAACACAAACCGCAGCAGACCAAAAAAUACAAAGCAAUUGCCAAUCAUGGACCAAUUAAACAACAAUGAGAUGCGCGAGCUGGAGCAGCGCAUGCAGAAGAGACAAGUAAAGGAGUUUGUCAACAUCUUCAGCAAGCUCGUCGACCACUGCUUCAUGUCUUGCAUCGACGACUUCUCGUCCAAGGCCCUCAACUCGCGCGAGUCGGGCUGCAUCCAGCGCUGUGUCAUCAAGGACAUGGCCGCCCAGCAGCGCCUGGGUGAGCGCUUCCAGGAACUCAGCGCCCAGAUGGCGAACCAGCAACAACAAUAAAAAACAGGAAGUGCAAGAGAUAAGAGAGAGAAGGGCAUUCAUGGCGAUUGAUGUGCGACUUGAGGAUGUAGGAUUUGGAAGGGAAAAGAGAUACCCUGUACUAUACUGUAAUAUUACUCGAAUCCUCUAAACCACUUCUCAUCCCUGCUCCUUACAA